GGGAGCCAGGAGCCUGGAGGCUUCCUCCCACGCUCCUCCAGCCCACUCCUCCGCCUAUUUGAGGCGCUCCCCUCUGCUCCGGUGCUCCAGAGCAGCGCAGCUCUCUCCUGCGGAGAGACGGGACUCCAAGGCACGACUGUGAUUUUUUUUUCACAUGUGGGAUUUACCCUGAUCUCGUCCUCGCCCCAACAUGAGGCUUCUUCUUGUUGUUGCGGUGGCGGCUCUGUGGGCAGAAAAUCUAGCGCUUCCAGUGGGGAAAGAGGGUCAGAGAGAAGAUGUGGUUACACGAUGCCUGGUUGAAGUCCUGUCCAAAGCUCUCUCCACACCGGACUCUCAGCUGGAUCAGGAAUGCAGAGACAUUCUCCAAGCAGGGGUUAAACACACCCCACUGGACAAGAAGAGCGAGGAUGGGAUAAUAUCUCAUGAGGAGGUGGUCAAAGUUCAGCCCAAGGAUACAGAGACAAAGGCAGCCGAUGUGAAAGACAUUGAGGCGCUCCUGAAAUCCGUGGAUGAGAAGAGGGAAACCCCCGAGGAUGAGCGCAGCCAAGAGUCCUGGAGUCUGGGUGAUGAGAAGGAAAAGAGACAUGAUGACACAGAAGAAGAAGCAGAGCGGGAGAAGAGGAGCAGCUGGAGGCCUGGGAGAUACCACCAAAGGAAACACAAACGGGACGAGGAAGAAGACAACGAGCGCAGUCAGGAGAGUUGGGGCAUUGAGGAAAAGAGAUCUGAGGAUGAAGAUGAAGAAGACGAAGGGAGGGAGAAGAGGAAAUGGAAGCCUGGGAGAUACCACCAAAAGAAAUACAAACGAGAUGAGGAGCCUUUAGGAGACGAAAGGGAGGAGCCAGAGGAGGAACGUAGCCAAGAGUCCUGGGAUGUAGACAAAAGGCAUGGGAACGAGGUGGAGGAGGAAAGAAACAAGCGCAUAUGGAAACCCACACACCGCUACCACCACAAGAAAAAACUUCACAAACGUGGCGAAGAGCCUUUAGAAGACGAGGGAGACGAAGAGCGCAGCCAGGAGUAUUGGGGUCUUGACGAUGAGAGAGACAAGAGGGACUGGAGGCCCGGCAGGUACCACCAGAGGAGACAUAAGCGUGAUGAAGAGCUCUCAGAAGACGCCAGGGAAGAACCAGAUGAAGAACGCAGCCAGGAGAACUGGGACUUUGACACAGGAAGAGANAAGAGGGACUGGAGGCCAGGCAGGUACCACCAGAGGAAACACAAACGUGAUGAAGAGCUCUCAGAGGACAGGCGAGACGAGGCGGAUGGAGAACGCAGCCAGGAAUACUGGGGGUUUGACAAAAGACACGGAAAAGAAGAGGGAGAGGUGGAAAAGCGCAUAUGGAAGCCAACACACUGGUACCACCACAAAAAGAAACUUCACAAGCGUGGUGGAGACUCAUCAGAGGAGGAGGAGGAACAGAGGGGUGCUUCAGAUGAAUCAGAGGAGGCUGACAAGGACAGGGACGAAGCCCUGAGGUAUCUGGCAGAAAAGCGCAAUCCCUGGAUUUACAGAGGCUUCUACCAUCCCGCCUGGUUUAAAAGGGAUUCAGAUGAACAUGCAGCAACUAAGAUGGACGACCUGGCCAAGUUGCUGAGCUAUAAGAUAAACCAGCUGUCCAGCCAUUCUAAUCAGGAGGUGGCAAAGAGAAGCACGCACCAGAGAGCCCUCACUCCACAGGAGGAUAAAAAGCUGGAAAACCUAGCAGCCAUGGACGUGGAGUUGCAGAAAAUCGCCUCCAAGUUGCAUGAAAAGAGUGCAUAAGCCACAGCCGCCGUCUUACCGCAUGUCUGCCAAUUCAGUGUGCUUACUGUGUACCAACAUAAAAAACCCUGGAGCCUUGCCAAAAAAGAUCAACUUGUUUAUCAUUGUAUUUGUGAUAUUUUGAUGUUCUCAAAUUAAUCCGCAUGGGAAUGGUUUUGAUGUUUAUACAUGUAAAGAGAAAAUGUGAGAAUAACAUAUUAUAUCUGGAACCGAUUAUUGAAAUAAUUGUGUUCUGAAGCGUUUGCUCAGUCUGUGCUCAAUAAAAGGAGUUAUUCUG